CUCAGAGAUCUGCUGCUUCCAUCCAGGCUGCUGCGGCCAUGGCUUCCAAGUGCCUCAAGGCCAGCUUCUCCUCGGGAUCUCUCAAGAGCCCUGGUAAAACCGGAGGGGCCUCUGCUCGCAUGUCUGCCAUGUACUCCAGCAGCUCCGGCAGGCUGCCGAGUCUUUCUCGGGGAGCCCGGAGUUUCUCCGUGUGCUCCGCUGGCCUGGGUAGAAGCAAGUACAGGGUUUCCAGUUGCCUCCCUGCGCUCUGCCUCCCCCCAGGAGGCUUUGCCACCAGCUACAGCAUGGCUGGAGGUUGGUUCGGGGAGGGCAUCCUCACCGGCAACGAGAAGGAGACCAUGCAGUCCCUGAAUGACCGCCUGGCCACCUAUCUGGAGAAGGUGCGCCAGCUGGAGCAGGAGAAUGCCAGCCUGGAGAGCCGCAUUCGAGAGUGGUGUGAGCAACAGGUACCCUACAUGUGCCCCGAUUACCAGUCUUACUUCCGGACCAUGGAGGAGCUCCAGAAGAAGACUCUUUGCAGCAAGGCAGAGAAUGCCAGGCUGGUGGUACAGAUCGACAAUGCCAAGCUGGCUGCCGAUGACUUCAGGACCAAGUACGAGACAGAGGUGUCCCUGCGGCAGCUGGUGGAGGCUGACAUCAACGGCCUGCGCCGGAUCUUGGAUGAUCUGACCCUGUGCAAGGCUGACCUGGAGGCGCAGGUGGAGUCUCUGAAGGAAGAGCUGCUCUGCCUCAAGAAGAACCAUGAGGAGGAAGUGAACUCGCUGCGCUGCCAGCUUGGCGACCGGCUCAACGUGGAGGUGGAUGCCGCUCCUCCUGUUGAUCUGAACCGGGUUCUGGAUGAGAUGAGGUGCCAAUAUGAGACCUUGGUGGAGAAUAACCGCAGGGAUGCGGAAGACUGGUAUGACACCCAGACCGAGGAACUGAACCAGCAGGUCGUGUCCAGCUCAGAGCAGCUGCAGUCCUGCCAGACGGACAUCAUCGAGUUGAGACGCACUGUCAACUCCCUGGAGAUUGAGUUGCAGGCACAGCAGAGCAUGAGAGAUGCUCUGGAUGCCACCCUGGCUGAGACGGAAGCCCGCUACAGCUCCCAGCUGGCCCAGAUGCAGUGCAUGAUCACCAAUGUGGAAUCUCAGCUUGGUGACAUUCGGGCCGACCUGGAGCGCCAGAACCAGGAGUACCAGGUGCUGCUGGACGUCCGGGCCCGGCUGGAGUGUGAGAUCAACACGUACAGGGGCCUGCUGGAGAGCGAGGACUGCAAGCUGCCCUGCAACCCGUGUGCCCCUGACUACUCAUCUUCCAAGUCAUGCCUCCCCUGCCUUCCUGCUGUCUCCUGCAACACUGGCAUUGCUCGUACAACCUGCAGCCCCCGUCCUGUCUGUGUACCCUGCCCUGGGGGCCGGUUCUAAGAGAGCGACAGAUCCAAAGGGUCAAGCCCAUGGCCUCCAGGGCUCCGACAUGGCCUCUAGUCAACUCAACUCUUCCAACCCACACGUCUUCGUUCAUGCUGGGCCCAUGAGAGGGCUCUCUUGCAGAUAAAUGCCUCCAAGUUUCUUUGACCCGGUCACCUAAGGCUGGUUGUCCUUCAGGCCUUGACUCCUCAUCAUUUCAAUGGGCUCCAAGGUCUCUGUUCUGGGCCGGCCCCUUCCUUUCUGAGUGUGUUUUUGUAGGUUCUGAAAUUCAGUACAGUGUAUCUUGAGGGUGGGGCAAUAAAGCCGUUUGCUCUGGCUCCCAGU